AUGGCUCUAGGAGUUUCCACUUGUCAUUAUGGUGAAGUUCCUCCGUCCAUCUCCUUCUCUGGAUCUGGAUUCAUGGCCACCUACCAGUUAGGGGUUGCCCAGUGCUUCCUAAAUUAUGCACCUUGGAUACUUCGCACAGCACCUUGUGUUCUGGGUGCAUCUGCUGGAUCACUGGUAGCAGCUGCUGUGGUCUGUCGAAUAAGCCUAAUUACCAUUCUGGACGAGAUGCUGCAUUUUGCUAAACAUAUGAAGGCUUUUACACUCGGGCCUUUUAACCCCUCAGUCAAUGUGUUCCACUGGUUAGAGUGUGUUUUACACAAAUAUCUUCCGUCUGAUGCGCACCAACUGGCCAGUGGUCGUCUUGCUGUGGCUAUGACCCGCCUGAUUGAUGGCAAGCACAUUUUGAUGUCUGAAUUUCAGUCCAAAGAGGACGUAGUACAGGCUCUGCUAUGUAGUUGCUUCGUGCCUGGGUACUGCGGUAUCCUGCCUCCAUCCUUCAAAGGAGUACAUUAUUUAGAUGGGGGUUUCAGCUGCAUGCAGCCUCUACUGCCUGUGCCCCGCAGUCAUACCUUGACCGUGUCUCCGUUCUCUGGAGAGAUUGACAUCUGCCCCGCAGACACAUCUUGCAUGUGGAACAUGGUGGUUAGUGGAGCCACCCUGAAGGGCAACAUGGCUAACAGCUUCAGGAUCAUCAAUGCUCUUUACCCCAUGGCUUCAGAGACUCUGGAACAAGCCUAUUUCAGAGGCUACGAAGAUGCCAUUAAUUUCCUUCUGCGCAAUGUUCUGCUGGGAGAUGUGGUGAGUUACCUGAGCAUGUUUGGACUCCCUGCGAAGUUCCUAUCGUACCUGCUCCUUCCUCUCAUGCUGUCAUUUUACGCCGUACUCCACAGUAGGCUGAGAUUGGAGUUGAUAAUCAGGCACACUCCAGAGUUCGUUUUCUGGGCCUGGCAUAGCCUGAGACAUUUUAUCUUCUUCUUUUUCAGCGUAUUGGUCUGUAGCCUCAAGAAAAACAUAAAGGACAGGGUCACGCCCAUCAUCUUGUUGUUGCAAUGGCUGAAAAUUCAGGCACCAUUUGAAGCUCUAUGA